CCGCAAAUCCCACUGUCGUAUGAGCCCGAGCACUUUAUGCAGCCACAUGUAGCCAGCGUUCACCUCAGCGUCAAAAGUCGAGCGUUCACCUCGGCGUCAAAAGUCGAGGGCAUGGAGUUUUCUUCCUCACUUACCUAACCCAGUUUCACAAGUCGCGACUCGCUACUCGACGUACAAACACCGUGCCCGCGUGAGAUACUAGGCCGAAAUGGCCGCGCCUGUCGUCACCUCGGACGCCCCGUUUGCUCGUGCCCUGCGGGAGUGGGUGGCGGACCUGAAGGAGAGCGAGGACAAGAAAAGCCCGUUCUACGAAAAGGUGCUGGCAGCCGGCCCCGAGGAUGACGGGUCCGAGCCUUUCAAUGCCCGCGACCCCCAAGUCUGCUCAAAGCGUCUCUCCGAGUUCAUCGAGAAGCUGCAGCAGACGCGGCGCGACGAGAGCAAAUAUCUCCGCCUCUGCGCCCGGCUCGAGCCCUUUGUCGACGGCAUCACGCGCCUGAUCAAGAUAUUCGGCACGCUUGCCCAGGCUGCGCCGUUCGAGGUCGGCAUCGCCUUUGCCGGGGCGCAGCUCGUCCUGCAGCUCGCCAGCCAGCAUGUGUCGGUGUUCAACAAGAUGGUAGACAUCAUGGUUGAAAUCGAGAGACAGCUGCGCUGCUACGACAAGUUCUCGGUCGCCUUUUCGGAUUCGGCCGAUGUCCACAGCCUCCUGCUCGAGGCUUACAAGACCAUCAUAAGCUUCUGGCAUAGGGCAUCCCAGAUUUUGAGCCGCAGUUCCUUCCGAAUUGCCGUCUCCACGCUGAUCAAGCCCCUUGAUGCCGAGUGGAAGAAUUGCCUCGAGAAGCUGCAGAGAAACUCGCAGGCCGUCCUAGCGCUUACCCAGGCAACCACGGCUGUCGAGUCGAGGCAGAACCAAGAAUUGGACUUGACCAAGAAAGUCGCAAAGUGGAUCUUGGCAGGAGAAGACGCUGCGAAGCUGCUCUUCCGCCGCGACCUGGCUGAGAGUCGCUCGAUCCGCCACGAGGGAACGUGCAGCUGGAUCUUUAACCAGCCUAGUUUAAAGACGUGGUUCGGCGCGAACAGCAAUGCCGUCGCGUGGUAUACCGCCCCCCCGGGGUCAGGCAAGACAGUCCUGUCGGCUGCCGUGGCACAGUAUGUCGAGGAAAAGGGAAAGGGGCUGCUCAUCUACUACCGGUUUUCCUUUGACGACAGCGCCCGAAGGAUGCCCAUCAACGCUCUGCGGUCCAUCGCCCUGCAGCUGCGCACCGCCAUGGGCAAAGUUCCCGAAGAGGUGAUGGAAAUCUUUAACAGUGAGAUGCAGCGCCAUGCAUAUCGACUACAGGACACCGAGAUCGCAGCAAAUGUUGUCGAAGGCUUCCUCAAACAAGUGCCCCGCAUCCAUAUUGUUAUUGACGGGCUGGACGAGUGCUCAGACAUUCAGGGCGCGCUCCGCUUGUUCAGUCGGCUCGCGGGCUUCGAGAACUACGGGAUAGCGAAAUGGUUCUUCACCAGCCGCGACGAGCCAGUGAUACAGGCCGCGAUGGGGAAGAUGCAAGCCACUGAGCUGCGCCCGGCGAAAGGGACUGUCAUGAGCGAUAUCACGACAUUCCUCGACGCGAACAGCGCAAACUUGGCUGUGAGAAAGUGCAAAGACUGCGUCGAAUACUGGACCGCGGCAUCCCAGGAGAACUUUCUUUACUCCCGACUCAUGCUUCAGCUGCUCUGCGGCGACGGCGUCACCUGCAGCGAUGAGAUCCACGAGGAGCUCCGACGGUUUCCGCCGGGGCUGUCGGGAUGCUACACUCGGUGUCUGGACAGCCUCACCCGAAGGAAGGAUACCGAGCGCGAGCUUGCAAGACGUAUGUUCGUGUUCCUAGUGUUUGCCGCCAAGCCUCUAACGGUGAACGAGCUGCGUAAUGCGCUGGCUAUCCGUAUGGAACCGGGCUUCGACGAUCACCAGCCGGGCCGAGUACCGAGUCUUGAACUCAUCAAGCUGCUCGGCGGGUCCCUCAUCCGAAUCGAGCAUGAGGGCUCAGACGCGGGUCCUUUGGUCAAGUUUGUGCACAAGUCUGUGGUUGACUUUUUCAAGGAAGACCCAUCAAGGCUAGGAAUCCCAGCAGGAAGAGCCGACCUCGGGAAUUUCUUCACCAGCAGGAAAGAAGGCGACCUGCUGCUCGGGAGGUACUGCUUGAAAUAUUUGCAGUUCCGACGGUACCAAACUGACGUCGACAUGCCGGCCGUCCUUGCCAACAACAACGAGCAUGCGUUUCUCAAAUACGCGGCUGCUUUCUGGUUUCAACAUCUCGGCGAAGUCGAGCACGACCAAGAGCUCUUCUCCGAGGUACGGUCGUUCCUCCGAAGCCAAGCAUUCCGAACCUGCCUUAGCGUGCAAGUCCAUGUGCGGCCGCACCUUUUUGCCCGAUACACGGGAAUAGGAGGCGGCAGCAUAUUUUCGCUGGGCCUCGAGGCGGGAGACUUGAGCAAGGACGACAACAUCACCGAUCCGCUUCCGCACUGGGUCGAACUCUAUAAGCCUGAUGGUCAAGACAUCUCCAGGGCGCUCUAUGAUUUCAUCAAGGACUGGCACGAGGUGCUAGUGCUGCACCCCGAAGCCCGAAAUCAGUGCCAGCUGGGCCAGGCGGCCAAACUGGUGUUCCCGGGGCUUGCGUCAACAAUGUCGAAGGGCAUCCGGGUUUCAAUUAUCAAGCUGCCGCCUGGGGCGCAUAAGGCAGCAAUGUCGAGCGUGUAUUUCAAUAAGUCAAAAGCAUCCGCCCGUGUGACGUACGAAGGCAGCAGUAAAACAGCUGCACAGUGGCACGACGCUCCGAUAUCGAGCGGAGAGCCGUCGGCGAGUGGGCAAAUUGCGUUCGCUCCGCCCGCAGCAGGCCAGACAAAGGAUAGGAAACGACUAAUUCGAUUUACCGAGGCGGCAAACCAGCCAGCCACACCCCCCACGGCGUGGUCGAUUGAUUUAUCUGACCUCGUGGUGGAACGGUCUGAAGGAGGGGUAGAGUCUGAGGCGUUGCAUGCACCAAAGUCGUUCCACAUCGAAGGGACCAAGUCGGGCAGGACCGAAUGGGGCCUGUUGAAAGAGUCUACUCCGGUGCUUUCCGGCUGUGGACCAGCAGUGGCGUUCCACUUUCGGAAUACGACCCUGGACGACAUGAGGAAGCAGGAGACGGACUCGGGGUACGAUUCAGCUUCCGACACGGACGCGGACUCUGACUCGGGCUGGAGCAGCAACUCGGAGAGCGAUUCCGGAGAGGCCAGCGACUCUGAAGAGCAGACCCCCCAGCAGAAGCCCAAGUCCAAUGCAUCCGACUGCCUCGUGAUAUGUUGCCACGGCGAGAAGCCGGUCUGGAUUCCGUGGGACAACCAAUCGAACAGCCAGACCUUGGUUUCUUGUGCUUUUCACCCCCGUGAAAAGCUUGCCGUGUUCUCUCGCCGCCUCGGCGAAUUAGAGCUUGUCGAUAUGGCCAACGGCGAGAUCUCCCGUCUGGCUAUCGAAGACCCUGCCGUAGCCGGCGCGUCGGCAUCUGUCAUCUUAAGAGAACUUCGAUUUUCUCCGUGUGGCCAGUUCCUCCGCAGCCUGCUCGUCUUGAUUGACGACAACGCCGAUGUCGGGUCGACGUGCCAAGUCCUCCUGUCCAUCUUCGAAUUUGACGGCCAGAGCAGAGACGCCGGCUUGUUGUCGAGGUGCGCUGCGGUUCAGCGCGUGACGUACAAGUUCAGGGCCUCGACCGAGAGGCUCCGGGCGCCUUUCAUUCUGUCGCACUGGGACGUCGACAUGCUGUAUUUGUGUCUCCCGCUGCUUUCCUGUAGCCCCAAAGUCGUGCGGAUCGAUGUCGCACUUGCUCGCCACAACACAUCGGAAGAUGUGACAUAUGCCCAGACACUAACAAGUCCCGUCUUCUUCCCGAAUUCGACUGCUUCUCGGAAUCCAAGACUGCUCUAUCGCUCUUCGCCGAUGGACAGCAAAGAUAUUAUGCUUUUGGCCCUCGAUGGGGUUUUCCAUGGAGAGGGCCUAGGAGACGACGGAAACAGUUACCCGCCGGUGGUCAUGGAGUGGAAGAUCAGCAAGAAAGACGGGUGGAAGGCGUGGGAUGAAGAAACAGAUGGCCAGGAGUCCGCGCUUGCUGAAGAUCUUCGAACAUAUUCGCAACUCCGCGGAACCUUUGUCAGCGCUGAGAAAAGAUUCACCGUCGUUGUGCGCAGUGGGCUGGACUGGACAAAGAAGGCUUUUCUUUCGUGUGUAUAAUUAAACUAAACACAAGCCAAACAGUCUGGGUUGGAAUCGGAGGCCGUUAGUUACAAUUAAAGUUUAUGGUCAGAUAGGUCAGGUACCCAGGUAAACAGGUAUUUGCCUCAACGGCAAAUUUCAGGCGGCUGGGAGGCUAAGAAGCUAGCCCGGCGUGUUGCGAGAGCCAGAACACCGGGACCCCACAGUUUAGCCCGGCGUGUUGCGAGAGCCAGAACAUGGGGACUCCACAGUUUAGCCCAGCG